CCGGCGGCAGGGGGAGCUCGCGGUGUGCGGUCCUCCCGGCGGCAGGGGAGCUCGCGGUGCCGGAACUUGGAAGCAGUGUUGAGUGCGGAUUCUCGAAGGUUCUGCGGAGUUUGGGCGAUGGGCCGCAGUAGGAGCCGCUCCCCGCGGAGAGAGCGCCGUCGCUCGAGGUCGACUUCCAGGGAGCGGGAUCGAGCCAGGCGCCGCGAGAGGUCCAGGUCCCGAGAGCGAGACCGCGAGCGCAGGAGGAGUCGCUCAAGGUCACCUCACAGGAGGCGGUCAAGGUCUCCGCGACGCCACAAAUCGAACUCCGCCUCUCCUUCGAGACAGAAAGACCAGGAAUCUAAAGAUCGUGAGAUCUCAGAGGCUGACAUGGAGGGGAAAACAGAAGAAGAGAUUGAGCUGUUGAGAGUGAUGGGAUUUGACGCUUUUGACACCACAAAGGGCAAGAAGCUUGAAGGUUCUGUUAAUGCUUACGCUGUUAACGUACAACAGAAGAGGAAAUAUCGGCAGUACAUGAACAGAAAAGGUGGUUUUAACAGACCUCUGGAUUUCAUUGCGUAAUUCCUUUCCAGGCCUGACAAUAUCUGAUGUUCUUUACACUGCGGCCAGGGCGAUGGCAGCUUUCCCUUGACUCUUGCCACCAUACCCCAGCUGAACCCAGCGUUGUUUUAUUUGUCCCUCUAGAGUGAAGCACUGGUGGUAGGCAUGUCUUCAAGCCUGACUGUGAAGGUUUGACCACAUUUGUGAUGUUUAUUCUGUAUAUUGUUUUCAAAUUACUGUAUUAUUAGUGAGGAGUAAAGAUAACGGACAUACUCUGUGGCUUCAUCUACAUCAAUAAAAGGCCAAGAAAAACUAA